AUGACACCAUCUAGCUCUGAUUUCAGCUCUCAGCGGUCUUAUAUCAGUCCCAUCUCGUCGCUAGCCUCACGCCUCAGGCGAGCAGCCUCCAACCUCUCAGAUGAGGCCUUCUCAGGUCAAUCUUCUUGCGCAGCCGCUCGCCUAGCAUUCGACUCUGACUACGCCUCAGAUCUCGCUCGAUCAGCACGGUCAUUUACCCAUUCUGUGCUAUCUUCUUCACCGUCCUCUCGAAUCUGCCAUUUUCUAGAAAAUUUGUCCUCCGACAGCUCAAGAGACGAGGGACUCGACUUGAAUAGGGAACAUCGAGAUCUCCUCCGGGUAGGAGCGGCCGGAGAAGUCCUCACUGAUCUUACUUCGAGUGGACGUUUAGACACGGUGGAUCAUCUUCAUGGAUACCUCGACUCGCUUAACGAUACUCUAUCGACUCAACCCGAUGAUGAUCGUCUCAUUGGAGCUUUGAGAUCUCGACUACCCUCAUAUCAUUCUCAUACCCCUGGAUCACCACCACCUUCGUACAGUGCCGUUGAAAGUUCAGCACUAACAAGCUCCACUGUUCCUAUGUCAUCUCUAUGUCCACCGUCCUCAGCACAUCAUAGGGUGAUCAGCGAUAUAGCAUGGACACGCGCGGAUCUCAGAGGGGCAACUUGGGCGACCUCGCAACCUAGACGUGCAAACGUCUCUUCGAUCGCGGAACUGGAGUCGGCACCGGUCUAUAUGGUGGCCCAGCCUGUACAAACUAGUUUAGCGAGAUCGGUCAAGGCGAACAGCACAACAAAUCUCUCAUAUCCAAGACAAGUAUCCAUAAUCUCUGCCGAGCUCCCCUCGGUGAUGCCUUCACCACGGCGCGUGGCAGCCCCAUCUCAAUAUAGCCUUGGUCCUCCCCUCAGUCGCGUGUUCUCUGGACGUCAGCCGUCCCGCAAGUCUGCCUCUUCCGCGGCCAUAGCUUCUUCUGGACUUGAACCUCGACCACCACGUAAGAACAAGAUGACACGGAUCUCCCUUAAUCCUUGCCCCACCCCUGGCUGGCCGUCAAACCCUUCACACGACCACGUCACUACUCGAUGGUCCGCGGACAGCUACCCAGCAGUGCCAGCUCUUAGACCUGGCCCAAAGCGCACUCCCCAUCCAUCUCAAACAAUCUCAACAAUCGCAAAUGCAAUCAAUGAUCUAUCAUGCAAUACUCCCUCUCAUCUCCUUCUCAGGGCUCAAGCCGAAAUGACGAGAUCAUCAGAUCGGGUAGGAUCUGCCGUCCGCCUCGCCAUGACGACCGAUGCACUAUCUCGCAUUCCUUCCUCUCCAUUGGUGUCCAUACUGUCUCUGGCCAGAGCUAGCCGGAGACUCAACGAGAGCUUUCGCGAUGGCUCAGCCAUACAGGAGAUGAUGUGUAGUGCAAGUGGGCAAAGUCUCAACGGCUUUUACAGAGCCGCAGAAUUGCUGAAAGGCCUUGGCUCAAGACAGGUCCGACCGGCAGAGCUCGACGACUUGAUCACGAGGCUGCAGGAAUACCGCGAUCGCCUACGCGGCUCUCGCUAA